AUGAAAAAUGUACAUACAGAUCUAGGCCACAUAGGAAUUAAACAGAUGCAGAAAAUGAUUAGCUCAGUGUAUGCAGCAGAAAAUAUGACUAAAAAUAUAAAAUUAAUCUGUGAGGGUUGUAUAGUAUGUUUAAAGAAUAAAUCAAGAGGACAUAAUAAAUAUGGACUGAUGUCUCAUUUGGGUCCUGCUACAAAACCUUUUCAGAUAUGCUCUAUUGACACCGUAGGAGGUUUCGGAGGUACCAGAUCAACGAAGAGAUAUUUACACCUUUUAUCAGAUCAUUUCACCCGAUAUGCAUAUAUUCUAGCAUCAAGUACCCAAAAUGCAAAUGACUUCAUAAAGCUGAUAAAGAAUUGUGCAGAGAGUGAUAACAUUGAAUUGAUAUUAUCAGACCAAUGCCCAGGUAUCAACUCUAAGGAAUUCAAGAGAUUUUUGGAUGAAAAUAAUAUUCCCAUAAUUUUUACAGCAGUGAACUCUCCUUUCUCAAACGGCUUAAACGAGAGAUUAAAUCAAACAUUGGUCAAUAAAAUAAGGUGCAGGAUGAACGAACAUGACAAGAAAAAAGCAUGGACAUCUGUAGUUCACAGUUGUGUACAAAAAUACAAUGAAACGGAACACACUGUUACUGGAUAUGCUCCAAAAUCACUUGGGUGUAACAUGAGCAUUAAGGUGCACUAUUUACACAGCCACUUAGACCGUUUUCCUGAUAAUUUAGGCGAAAUUACUGAGGAGCAAGGUGAAAGAUUUCACCAAGAUAUAAAAUGUAUGGAGGAUCGCUAUCAAGGAAGAUGGGAUACUCACAUAUGGGAGAUUACUGCUGGGCUUUAA